CGGGACACACGGGACCCCGCGGCCGUUCCCGGCGCCAACGCGGGGGGUGCUCGGCCCUGCGCGCUCCGUCCGCGGGGCCGCGCCCGGGCAGGCGGCGUCUCGGAGCGGCGGCGAUCCGGAGGUAGAGCGGUGUGACUGCCUUCUGGGUGGGCGUGGGAUGGCCCCCGAGGCAACGGCGGCGGGCUCGGGCUCCCCUCCGCGCCGUGGCUCGGCCCUGUUUGAAGGUGUGGCGGGCCGCGGCCAACGGCGGUGCCGUGAGGGGAGAAACACCGCCCCGGGCCCCGCGGCGGUGCUGUGAGGGGAGAAACACGCCCCCGGGUCCCGCGGCGGUGCCGUGAGGGGAGAAACACCCCCCCGGGCCCAGCCGCGGUGCCGUGAGGGGAGAAAAAUCGGCCCGGGUCCGACCGCCCCGCGGGAGCAGCGCCCAUGGCCAAGCCACAGACCCGGCCCCGGCCCCGGCCCGGCGACGGGCAGCAGCCCCCGCGGGAGGACGGCGGGCCCCACUGAGAGGAGCUGCCGGCCCUCUGCCCGCCGCCCGCCAGCCCUUCGCAAGCGCUCUCUGUGAACGAGCUACAGCAAAUAACUGAUAUUUCCAGACCGACCAUUGUGCACGAAAUUAUACUCAACAGUGACUUCAAGCUGCAAGCGGUCAGUUUCUCCCCCGAAAGCCUGGAAAGCAGAGUGAAGGAGACAUUGCACAAAGCCUUCUGGGACAGCCUGGAGGAACAGCUCUCUGCUAGUCCCUCAGACUACACUCGGGCAAUCCAGCUGCUGCAGGAGAUAAGAGGCCCUGCUGUCAUCGCUGCUGCCACGGCACCACCAACGGUGAAGCCAAAUUGAAGAGGCCUUGGACAUGGAGUCGAUUCGACAGAAGGCUGAGCACGAGGCUCUGGGUAUCCACGGUCUCACCACGUUUGUCCUUGGCACCAUGGCAAGGCUUUGCAUGCCUGUUCGGGAUGAGGAAGUACAAGGGCUGCAAGCCCUCACAGACCCAGCUCAGCUUCUCAGGGAGAUUUUCCAGGUGUUGGGCCCGAUGAAAAUGGAUAUGCUGAAUUUUACCGUCCAGAACAUCCGCACCCGCUUGCAAGACCACACCAUCCAGUUUGAACGGAAGAAAUUCCAGGAACUCUUGGAUAAGCUGCCUAAUAGCCUGGAUCGCACAAGAGAGUGGCCGUGCAAAGCAGCAGCAGAAGUGUCUGCGUCCUCUUCACAGCCACCACCCCACCCUGCAGUCAGUGGCUCACCUGCCAUGCCCUCGCCGGGGGCCAUCAGCAGUAGCACAGCUGUGCCAAGUCUCACGUCCGUGCUAAAUCAAGGGUACAUGAAUCUGCUCUGCUGGGAGCCUGGGCAAAAGGAAUACCUUGAGGUAGGAGAAGUGCUUGGACACUUCUACAGCUUUUUCAUAAAGAUAUACAAAAUGAACAAGUACCAGUUCUGCAUCUUCUGUAGAAAGAACUUGGCAGACUGUCCCCUCUGCACCACGAGUCAUUGCACAUGUUUUUUCCCCUAUGUGAAACAAAUUAGAUUUUUCACAAAACGAAAGCUCCCUGCUGCCAGGCAGCUGCCUUCCACUCAGCUUCAUGGGGAUAUUACAGCCUUGCUCCAUGGCUUGAGAUCUGCUUAUUUAUCACAGCUGCUGUUCCUACACCCACAGGCUGAUUUGGUUUCUGUUCACAGACACUGUUUAUGGAUCAGGCCUGACUGCAGGGGGUACAAGCGCAGGUGAAUCAGCUUACCAUCAUAGCUGCAGUCCUGCUAGUCACCAGUAGCAUGUGUGGAGGCACCUUAUUUGGCUCACCUGGGUUUGUAGCUAGGCUGAAAGUGGUAACAAAGGUCCUCUUGGAAGGGCUGUCCUGUAUCAGAUGGGUUACUUUGAGUUUUCUUGUCCAGAAGGAGAAGAGUGAGUAUGCAGGCACUGGUUGGUUGUGGGGAUGAGUAGCAGGAAUCUCGCCCGGGAGUGGAAGAGGAUCUGAGAUCCAAAUAGCAGCCAGGUCUACUGCAAGGGGUAGGGGAAGCCAGCCAGCAUUUUUAGCUGGGAGCUAACCCUUCUUGAUUAGAGGGGAAAAUUAGUAGUGUUGAUCACUAUUUCAGAUGAGUCUGCUGCAGGGCAGCUUCCUGCUUGCCAAAGGGUGGGGAAAGGAAGCUUAGUUCUCUUGCAAUAGGCACCAGAACUGUGGCCGAAUGUUGGCUGUCCUGUGCUAGCUGGCUGCGAUGACACUCCGCAGGCACGUGGAGAGACUUCCCUCCCUUCCGCAUCCCUGGAGGGGUUCAAGGCCAGGUUGGAUGGGGCUUGGAGCAACCUGGGCUGGCGGGAGGUGUCCCUGCCCAGGGCUG